CUAUCUAGUACUACUAUUUUCUCUCAAAAUUCCAGUUGAGAAAAGUCGUCUGCCAUGCAGCUUGUCCUAGGCCAGCGGUGCCACCUCGUACUGGCUCUAUUCAUCCUACUGCAGCUGGCCGAGGCUUGCUCGGCCGCCGCCGGCAACAACGAGACGGACCGCGCCGCUCUGCUGGCGUUCAAGCACGCCGUCUAUGGAGGCGGCCACGCCGACCCGCUGAGCUCCUGGAAUGACUCCUUGCCCUUCUGCCGGUGGCGUGGCGUCUCGUGUCACGCUGGCAAUGGCAGAGCGACCGCGCUGGUGCUCGCGUCGUUGGGUCUUGCCGGCGCUAUCCCUCCGGCACUCUGGAACCUCACCUUCCUCUCGUCUCUUCAGCUGCCGGACAACGGGCUCACAGGGGAGAUACCUCCGUCCGUCGGCAGUUUGCGGCGCCUCCGCAGGCUGGACCUCUCGGGCAACCUGCUCGCUGGGGCCAUGCCGGCAGAGGCGGCCCUGCUCACAAAUCUGACGCACCUCGAUCUCUCUCGCAAUCUGCUCGUUGGCCCUAUCCCACCCAGGCUCGGCCGUCUCGGCGGCGCUCUGGUAAAUCUGAACCUCUCCAAGAACCAGCUCAUGGGGAGCAUACCGACCUCCCUCGCCGGGCUGCCUUCGUUGCAGUGGAUCAGCCUUGGAAACAACAACCUCACCGGCAGCAUACCACCGCUGUUCGCCAACAUGACGGCCCUCAUCGGAUUCUCCUUCAAGUACAACAACCUUCGCGGUAGCCUGCCGGAGGACAUAGGCCAGUCCAGGAGCCUGCAGUACAUAGAGGCGGCCGGGAACGAUCUUAUUGGCGAGGUCCCGAUGUCUAUCUACAACGUCACCUCCAUCAGGAUGAUCGAGCUGUCUUACAACUCAAUAUCGGGGAGGCUCCGCCACGACAUCGGAGACCUGCUCCCGGAGCUCUACUUCCUCAGCAUGUUCGGCAACGAGCUCGUUGGACGGGUCCCAGCGAGCCUGGCGAACGCGUCGACAAUGCAGUGCAUCGCCUUGGGCGAGAACAACCUCGUUGGCGUGGUGCCCGCGGACCUUGGCGAGCUCAGGGAGCUCCUCUAUCUGAGCCUGAGCUUCAACAUGCUGCAAGCCAGCACACCUAGCGAGUGGCAGUUCGUGGACGCCCUGACGAAUUGCAGCAAGCUGCGUGUGCUCCACAUGUUCCACAACGAUCUCUCCGGCCAGCUGCCGGCGUCGGUUGCCAACCUGUCGACGGAGCUUGCGUGGCUGGACUUCGCGUACAACCGGAUAUCUGGGACCAUCCCCUCCGGUAUCGGCAAGCUGACGGGGCUGACAACCCUCCGGUUCCAGGCAAACAACUUGUCUGGGGUCAUCGCGGAGUCCACGGGCCUUCUAACUGGCAUGUUUGAGAUGCUCCUGUUCGGGAACCGGCUGACCGGCACGAUUCCGUCGUCGCUCGGCAACCUCACCAAGCUGACGCAGCUCGAGCUGAGCGAAAACGAGCUCGUUGGCGAGGUGCCGCCGAGCUUAGCGGGUUGCCGGGGCCUCGCCUACCUGAGUGUCGCCGGGAAUCGGCUCACUGGCACCAUUCCAGCUCAGGUCUUCACCAUACCGGCAAUGUCCUACAUCCUAAACAUGUCCAACAACUUCAUUUCCGGCGAGGUGCCACUGGAGGUUGGCCGCCUUCAGAGUCUCCAAACCUUGGAUCUCUCCAAUAAUAGAUUGACUGGUGCGAUCCCCGCAACGAUCGGCCAGAGUCAGGUGCUUCAGAAGUUAUAUCUCCAGGGCAACCUGCUCCGCGCUGGCGUCUCGCCGUCGUCAUUCGGGAGCCUCAAGGGCCUGGAGGAGCUGGACAUGUCCCGCAACCACCUGUCCGGCGACUUCCCACGCUUUCUGCAAGACCUGCCGUACCUGCGCCUCCUGAACCUGUCCUUCAACCGUCUCGCCGGUGAGGUGCCGGUCAAGGGAGUCUUCACCAACACGACGGCCGUCGACCUCACCGGGAAUAGCCAUCUAUGUGGUGGCAUUGGGGAAUUGGGCCUGCCACCCUGUAUAACUACAACCAACGCGGCGAGGGAUAGAUCGCUUGCUCUGAAACUGGCCGCUCCUAUGGCAUGCACAGCCUUCGCCAGCGUUGUCGUUUGGGCCUCUGUGGUGGCUUGUCGCCGGAAAAUGGCUCCGCCAAAAGUGGCAAAUCCAUUGGAGGUGGAGGAGUUGCACUGGAAAGUCUCAUACACGAAGCUCUCCAACGCGACCAACGGGUUCUCUCCGGACAACUUGAUUGGCGCCGGCUCGCACGGAUCGGUGUACCGAGGCAGCAUGUCCCACGAGGGCAACGAGUGUAUCGUGGCCGUGAAGGUCCUCAGCCUCGGGCAGCGAGGCGCGCUCGCAACCUUCGCCGCGGAGUGUGACGCCCUGCGGCACGCCAGGCACCGCAACCUCAUCAGGAUUCUGACCGUGUGCGCGAGCGUGGACGGCAGAGGGGAGGAGUUCAAGGCUCUGGUGUACGGCUACAUGCCCAACGGGAGCCUGGAGAGGUGGCUGCACCACGAGACCAGGACGCUGACCCUUGUGCAGCGGCUGAACAUCGCCGUGGACGUGGCGUCGGCGCUGGAUUACCUUCACAGCGACUGCGAGGCGCCGAUUGCGCACUGCGAUCUGAGGCCCAGCAACGUUCUUCUCGACGACGACAUGGUUGCCCGCGUCGGCGACUUCGGUCUCGCGAGAUUUCUCGGCGGCGCUGACCCGAGUGGCCAAGCCAGCUCCGUGAUCCUCAAGGGUUCCAUCGGUUACAUUGCCCCAGAGUACGGGAUGGGCGAGAAAGCAUGCGCCGGCGGCGACGCGUACAGCUACGGGAUUCUUCUGCUGGAGAUGUUCACCGGGAAGAGGCCUACCGACGCUAUGUUCUUGGAAGGGCUGACGCUCACGAGGUUCGUCGAGGAGGCCUGCUCCGGAGGCGGCAUCUUGUCCAUCGUCGAUCCGCGGCUGCUCGCCGAUGUAGGUGGACACCAGCCGCAGGUUGAGCGUUGCCUGGUGUCAGUGGCGAGGAUCGGCAUAUCGUGUGCGAGUGAGCUGCCGGUGCAGCGGACCGGUAUGAAACAAGUGGUGAAUGAGGUUGAGAAAGUCCGAACAUCUCUCUUGGAUUCUCAGACGCGAGCGUGAGCGUUUUUCCUCUUUUGGGGGGCAAGUGUGACGUGUGAGUGUCAGAGUCAUCAACUUUCUUUUUUGGAGUUCAGUCAGAGAAACAUCUUUUAGAACUUGUGUUUUUAGAUGUAUGGAGUCCUUCUCAAACUUUUAUCGAU